AGGGCAGGCUUCUACAAAUCCACCCUCGGGAACAUGGAGUGUUCAAAGUGUCCGCCGCACAGCUUCUCGCACCAUGAGGGGUCGCUGCACUGUGGCUGUGAGAAGAACUACUUCCGCGCUGAGGGAGACCCCGCCUCCAUGGCCUGUACCCGACCUCCUUCAGCUCCCCGCAAUGUGAUCUCCUCCAUCAACGAGACCUCGGUCAUCCUGGACUGGAGCUGGCCGGAGGACGCCGGAGGACGCAGGGACAUCACCUUCACCGUCCUCUGCAAACGCUGCCGAGGCGUCGCCGCCAACGGCAGCAACAGCGGCACCCAGCGCUGCGAGCCUUGCCGGAGCAACGUCCGCUUCCUGCCGAGAGCCGCCGGCCUCCACAACACCACGGUGACGGUGGGCGACCUGCUGGCCCACACCAACUACACGUUCGAGAUCGAGGCGCUGAACGGCGUGUCGUCGUUCGCGCCCAAGAUGAGGCAGUACGCCGCCGUCACCAUCACCACCAACCAAGCUGCUCCCUCUCCAGUAACCGUGAUCAGGAAGGAGAAGACGUCUCGUAACAGCGUCUCCUUGUCGUGGCAGGAGCCGGAGAGGCCCAACGGUAUCAUCCUCGACUAUGAGAUCAAGUACUACGAAAAGGAGGAGCAGGAGACCAGCUACACCAUCCUCCGUGCUCGUGGCUGUAACGUGACCCUGAACGGUCUGAAGUCCAACACGGCCUACCUGCUCCAGAUCAGAGCUCGGACCGCCGCUGGAUACGGAGCCAGCAGCCCCAGCUUCCAGUUUGAGACCAGUCCUGACUCAGCCUUCUCCAUCUCCAGCGAGAGCAGCCAGGUCGUUCUGAUUGCCAUUUCCUCCGCCGUGGCCAUCAUCCUGCUCACCGUGCUGCUCUACAUCCUGAUUGGCCGGUUUUGUUGCCGCAGCAAAUCCAAACAUCCUGAUGAGAAAAGGCUGCACUUUGGCAACGGCCACCUGCGUCUGCCGGGUAUCAGGACCUACGUGGACCCCCACACGUAUGAGGACCCGAGCCAGGCCGUGCACGAGUUUGCCAAGGAGCUGGACGCCUCCUGCAUCGCCAUCGAUAAAGUCGUGGGAGCAGGUGAAUUCGGGGAGGUGUGCAGCGGUCGCCUGAAGCUGCCCAGCAAGAAGGAGAUCUGUGUGGCCAUCAAGACCCUUAAAGGAGGAUACACUGACAAGCAGAGGCGGGACUUCCUGGCUGAGGCGUCCAUCAUGGGACAGUUCGACCACCCCAACAUCAUCAGGCUGGAGGGGGUGGUAACGCGCAGUAAACCCGUCAUGAUCGUCACAGAGUACAUGGAGAACGGAUCGCUGGACAGCUUCUUACGAAAGCAUGACGCCCAGUUCACGGGAAUCCAGCUGGUGGGAAUGCUGCGCGGCAUCGCCUCGGGCAUGAAGUAUCUGUCAGACAUGGGCUACGUUCACCGGGACCUGGCGGCCCGAAACAUCCUGGUCAACAGCAAUCUGGUGUGUAAAGUGUCAGACUUCGGCCUGUCCCGAGUCCUGGAGGACGACCCGGAGGCUGCUUACACGACCAGGGGAGGUAAGAUCCCCAUCCGGUGGACAGCUCCAGAGGCCAUCGCCUACAGGAAGUUUACAUCAGCCAGCGAUGCUUGGAGUUACGGCAUCGUGCUCUGGGAGGUGAUGUCCUACGGAGAGCGGCCGUACUGGGAGAUGUCCAAUCAGGAUGUAAUAAAAGCCGUAGACGAGGGCUACCGUCUGCCCCCGCCCAUGGACUGCCCCGCCACCCUCUACCAGUUGAUGCUGGACUGCUGGCAGAAAGAGAGGAACAACCGGCCCAAGUUUGAACAGAUAGUCAGCAUCCUGGAUAAACUCAUCCGCAACCCCGGUAGCCUCAAAAUCACGGCCAACACCACGUCCAGGCCGGCCAACUUGUUGUUGGACAGGAGCAGCUCAGAAGUUCCCUCGAUGGGGACGAUGGGCGACUGGAUGGACGGGAUGAGGACCUUGCCCUGCAAGGAGGCCUUCUCCGGGGUCAGCUACAGCUCCUGUGACACCCUGGCCAAGACUUCCACAGAAGUGGUUCUGACGGAGGUCCACGUCACACCGGCCACUUGUCCAGAAUGGGAGCCGUCCAUGGGGAUCACCACUCUCUAACGCCCAGCUCCUCUCCACCUUCCUCAGGCUCUGGAUGGGAUCUGAAAAAGGUUGGAGUGACUAUCGUAGGACCGCAGAAGAAGAUAGUAAGCAGCCUGAAAGCCCUAGAUUCCCACACCAAGAAC